AUGGCGGCCCCGGUCGCUCCGCUCGAUGAAGACUGGGAGGAUUUUAACGAAUUCAAAGCGGCUGAUUCGCACAGCAGCUGGACCGCGGCACCGGAGAAUUCACCGCAGACCCAAAGCUUCGCAUCCUUCGACGAGACGCUGAGCGCGAGCUUCCCGUACUCCGGCAGCGCGUGCACGAGCGUCUCAGUGAGCGAGCGCGAGCUGCUGCGCGACGACGAACAGAACUGGAGCUUGCGUGGUCUGUGCAUGUCUGAGCUGCUGGAGCGUCUGGAGGAGGUGGAGCGACAGAUCCGUGGUUUCUCUGAGGAGCUGAUCGAUCAGCUGGCAGUGAGGGAGGAGCUGGACUAUGAGAAGGAGGUGAAGAACACGUUCAUCUCGGCACUCAUCCACGUGCAGAACCGACAGAAAGAACAUCGAGAGCUGCUGAAGAAAAAGAGGAAGAUAAAGACCACAGGCGCCGAACAGAGAUCCAACCGCUCGCAUGUGCCAGGAACCUAUCUGACGACGGUGAUCCCUUACGACAAGAGCAGCGGAGCGCCGUCUGUAGAAGACCUGCAGAUCCUGACCAAGAUUCUUCAUGCCAUGCGUGAGGACAGUGACACAGUUCCUGCUCUUCUCACCGACUACAUCCUCAAAGUGUUGUGUCCCACGUAGAGUUUCUGGAGCAGAAAAGCAGCUAAUAUCAUCGGCACGUCAAACAUCUGAUCCUCUGCAUCUCUCCAGAUAAUCAUGCACAGAAUUGACCCACCAGUGGCAUUUAUUUCUCAGUCUGAAUGUGUGUUUUGUUUUGUGUAGAUGUUAUUUUGUGUGGGAGCUUGAGUGCAGUAUUCAGUUUAUGUCCGAAUGCAGUUCACAUUUCACUCACUGACAGAUUCCACUAGUUAUCGCAGAGCAGCUGUCAAAAAUCAUGCACGUUUGCAUCAUAUUCAGUUUGUUUUAGCACAGAUCUAGAUGCAAGAUUUCCCUUAUUUGAUCUUUUCAUCAGAUGAAAUGCGAUUUCAGGAAGUUUUAAGCUGCUGAUGGCUGAAAAUCAUAGAAUGAUUUCAAAGCAAUCUCUUCAGCAAAGGCAGGUACAUAUAUCUGUGUAGGAAAAGUUUAUGUGGCUGCAAAAUCUAAACGUUUAUCAUAUCGGAAUGAAAUAGUUCAGUCAUGCUGAACAGAUUUAGUGGUACUUUUUAAAACACAACAUUUAUUUCAUUGCCAGUUACUAGAUGAUCAAACUCUGUUUUUGUUCUGUUCGACCAGCUUUCUAACAUUUCUCUAUAACAGUAUUAAUAUUGAGUUGAUAAGGAGUGAACGGCACAAGUAUUUGCUGCCAGUUUAAGUGAAAUCUGUGAGAUCUCAGCAGUGGAGGAAGGACAUGUUUGACUUUUAUCAGAUCUCUGGGCUGGAUUUCUGUUUUAAACUAUGAAGAGCUGAAACACUUAUAAUUGAGAAACACCUCUGUCUGUCCUCACUAAGGUCCUGUAAGAAGAUUAAAUGAUUGUCUCUGGUUUAUUAGUUUUUGUUGAAACAGAUUGGAAGUGAUCUUUUUGUAUGUGUGGCUAUAAAAACUGAAUGUCGCUUUUUGAUGGAGAGGUUGAGAUUUUGUUGAGUCUUGUAGAUGCACGACCUUAAAGCAAUAGUUCACCGAAGAAAAUGAAAAUUUGCUGAAAAUCUCCUCACCCUCAGGCCA